GCAGGGAGCGUGAUGGAGUGGACCAGCUUGCAUCCAAGGUGUCCGUGCUCAGCCACAGCCCCGCCGCAGCUCCCUCCACUGCACCUCACCCCGGCACAGGGACCUCGGGUGGCCGCCUGCCCCUAGCUGAGGCCGCGCCUGUGAAGAGUUGGGGCACCCUGUUCUCCAGGCACGACAGGCAGGAUGGGCGACAUGGCCAACAGUUCCAUCGAGUUUCACCCCAAGGCCCAGCAGCCGCGGGAGGCCCCCCACGCGGGCGGCUUUGGGUGCACGCUGGCGGAGCUGCGUUCCCUCAUGGAGCUCCGAGGGGCUGAGGCACUGCAGAAGGUCCAGGAAGCCUACGGGGACGUCAGUGGGCUUUGCAGGAGGCUGAAGACCUCGCCCACGGAGGGCCUGGCCAACAAUGCCAAUGACUUGGAGAAGCGCAGGCAGAUCUAUGGGCAGAACUUCAUCCCUCCCAAGCAGCCCAAGACCUUCCUGCAGCUGGUGUGGGAGGCCCUGCAGGACGUGACCCUAAUCAUCCUGGAGGUGGCCGCCAUCGUCUCCCUGGGCCUUUCAUUCUAUGCACCGCCUGGAGAGGAGAGCGAAGCAUGCGGGAAUGUAUCAGCUGGGGCUGAAGACGAAGGGGAGGCCGAGGCAGGCUGGAUCGAGGGAGCUGCCAUCCUGUUGUCCGUCACCUGUGUGGUGCUGGUCACAGCCUUCAAUGACUGGAGCAAGGAGAGGCAGUUCCGGGGCCUGCAGAGCCGCAUCGAACAGGAGCAGAGGUUCUCCGUCAUCCGGGACGGCCAGCUGCUGCAGGUUCCGGUGGCCGCACUGGUGGUGGGGGACAUCGCACAGGUCAAGUACGGAGACCUGCUACCUGCUGACGGCGUGCUCAUCCAAGGCAAUGACCUCAAGAUCGAUGAGAGCUCCCUGACGGGCGAAUCGGACCACGUGCGCAAAUCAGCUGACAAGGACCCCAUGCUGCUCUCAGGUACCCAUGUCAUGGAAGGUUCUGGAAGAAUGGUGGUGACUGCUGUUGGUGUCAACUCCCAGACAGGAAUCAUCUUUACCUUGCUUGGAGCUGGUGGAGAGGAAGAGGAGAAGAAGGAUAAGAAAGGCAAGCAGCAGGAUGGGGCACUGGAGAGCAGCCAGACCAAAGCCAAGAAGCAGGAUGGGGCAGUUGCCAUGGAAAUGCAGCCCCUGAAGAGUGCGGAGGGGGGGGAGACAGAGGAACGCGAGAAGAAGAAAGCCAGCGUGCCCAAGAAGGAGAAGUCAGUCCUGCAGGGCAAGCUCACCAAACUGGCCGUGCAGAUCGGGAAAGCAGGGCUGGUGAUGUCUGCCAUCACCGUCAUCAUCCUGGUCCUCUACUUUGUGAUCGAGACCUUCGUCGUGGACGGCCGAGUGUGGCUGGCGGAGUGCACACCCAUCUACGUGCAGUACUUCGUGAAGUUCUUCAUCAUCGGUGUCACUGUACUGGUUGUGGCCGUCCCGGAGGGCCUGCCUCUCGCUGUCACCAUCUCCUUAGCCUACUCUGUCAAGAAAAUGAUGAGGGACAACAACCUGGUCCGCCACCUGGAUGCCUGCGAGACUAUGGGCAAUGCCACAGCCAUCUGCUCUGACAAGACGGGCACACUCACCACCAACCGUAUGACCGUGGUCCAGUCCUACCUCGGAGACACCCACUACAAAGAGGUUCCGGCCCCCAUCACCCUGACCCCCAAGAUCCUCGACCUCCUGGUCCAUGCCAUCUCCAUCAACAGUGCCUACACCACCAAAAUACUACCUCCAGAGAAGGAAGGCGCUCUCCCACGCCAAGUGGGCAACAAGACAGAGUGUGCUCUGCUGGGCUUUGUCCUGGACCUGAAGCGGGACUUCCAACCUGUGCGGGAGCAGAUUCCAGAAGAUAAGCUUUACAAAGUGUACACCUUCAACUCGGUCCGCAAGUCCAUGAGCACGGUCAUCCGCAUGCCUGACGGUGGCUUCCGCCUCUUCAGCAAGGGUGCCUCGGAGAUCCUGCUGAAAAAGUGCACCAACAUCUUGAACAGCAAUGGAGACCCACGUGGUUUUCGCCCUCGGGACCGGGACGACAUGGUGAAGAAGAUCAUUGAGCCCAUGGCGUGCGACGGCCUCCGCACCAUAUGUAUUGCCUACCGGGACUUUUCUGCAGCUCAGGAACCCGACUGGGACAAUGAGAACGAGGUCGUGGGCGACCUCACCUGCAUAGCCGUCGUGGGCAUCGAGGACCCCGUUCGGCCCGAGGUCCCUGAAGCCAUCCGCAAGUGCCAGCGUGCCGGCAUCACGGUCCGGAUGGUGACUGGGGACAACAUUAACACAGCCCGGGCUAUCGCGGCCAAGUGCGGCAUCAUCCAGCCUGGGGAGGACUUCCUGUGCCUGGAGGGGAAGGAGUUCAACCGGCGGAUCCGCAAUGAGAAAGGCGAGAUAGAACAGGAGCGUCUGGACAAGGUGUGGCCCAAGCUGAGGGUCCUCGCCCGGUCGUCUCCCACCGACAAGCACACUCUGGUCAAAGGGAUCAUCGACAGCAGCACCGGCGAGCAGCGGCAGGUGGUGGCCGUAACCGGGGACGGCACCAACGACGGGCCAGCCCUCAAAAAGGCAGACGUGGGCUUUGCCAUGGGCAUUGCGGGCACUGAUGUGGCCAAGGAGGCCUCAGACAUCAUCCUGACCGAUGACAACUUCACCAGCAUCGUCAAGGCGGUCAUGUGGGGCCGGAACGUCUAUGACAGCAUCUCCAAGUUCCUGCAGUUCCAGCUGACAGUCAACGUGGUGGCUGUGAUCGUGGCCUUCACGGGGGCCUGCAUUACUCAGGACUCUCCUCUCAAAGCCGUGCAGAUGUUGUGGGUGAAUUUGAUCAUGGACACAUUUGCCUCUCUGGCCCUGGCGACAGAGCCACCCACUGAGUCGCUGCUGCUGCGGAAACCCUACGGCCGGGACCAGCCCCUCAUCUCCCGCACCAUGAUGAAGAACAUCCUUGGCCACGCAGCCUACCAGCUCAGCAUCAUCUUCACGCUGCUGUUCGUCGGAGAGCUCUUCUUCGACGUGGACAGCGGGAGGAAUGCGCCCCUGCACUCUCCGCCAUCAGAGCACUAUACCAUCAUCUUCAACACCUUCGUCAUGAUGCAGCUUUUCAACGAGAUCAAUGCCCGCAAGAUUCACGGCGAGCGGAACGUCUUUCACGGCAUCUUCAGCAACCCCAUCUUCUGCACCAUCGUGCUGGGCACCUUUGCAAUUCAGAUUGUCAUCGUCCAGUUCGGCGGAAAGCCCUUCAGCUGCUGCCCCCUGUCCACGGAGCAGUGGCUCUGGUGCCUGUUCGUUGGCGUUGGGGAGCUGGUCUGGGGACAGGUCAUCGCCACCAUCCCCACCAGCCAGCUCAAGUGCCUGAAGGAAGCAGGGCACGGGUCCGGCAAGGAUGAGAUGACGGACGAGGAGCUGGCCGAGGGGGAGGAAGAGAUCGACCAUGCCGAGCGGGAGCUGCGCCGAGGCCAGAUCCUCUGGUUCCGCGGCCUCAAUCGGAUUCAGACACAGAUGGAGGUAGUGAGUACCUUCAAGAGAAGCGGUUCAUUUCAGGGUGCUGUGCGCCGGCGGCCUUCAGUCCUCAGCCAGCUCCAUGACAUCCGGGUCGUGAAAGCGUUCCGUAGCUCGCUCUAUGAAGGCCUGGAGAAACCGGAAUCCAAGACCUCCAUCCAUAACUUCAUGGCGACGCCCGAGUUUCUGAUCAACGACUACACCCACAACAUCCCGCUCAUCGACGACACGGACGUGGACGAGAACGAGGAGCGCCUGCGGGCCCCCCCGCCCCCGUCCCCCAACCAGAACAACAACGCCAUAGACAGCGGCGUCUACCUGACCACGCACGGCACCAAGUCAGCUACCUCGUCAGUGUUUUCUUCCAGACCCGGGAGCCCGCUCCACAGCGUGGAGACGUCCCUCUGAGGGGCCCGCUCUCAGCACGCGCACGCCGCACGCACGCGCACUCGGCGGGAUGGCGCCGGCCUGCGAGGCGAGCUCGGCCAAGGCGGCUGAAGCUGGUGCUCGGACGGAGCCGAUCCAACCAAGGCUUCUUACCCGGGGCUGAAGAGGAAGAGGGAGAAAGUAGAGCGUGACAAGAGCUGCGUUUCCCUUUUUUCUAUCGAAGCAUUUUUUUAACGAACACUACGACUCCACCGGAUGUUCGCUGUGGGGGCCGUGCCGCGGGGCAGGGGCCGGUUGCGGUUCAGUGGGAGCUGCUUGGCACCCCCUGAAGAGCAAUGGGAUCAGUCGGUUCAUUCGAAAAGAAGAAACGAGGAAGGCUGCUUCGCAGGCCGGGGAAAGAUGCCCCGCCCGGACGGCCCGACGCCGAGCCGCCUGCGGAUGCACCUGCUCCACCGCCAAGCACCGCUUCCCCAGGACACAUGUGCAGUCCGUAUGUGCGUGCGUGCGUAGAGAUGAGCGUGCGGAUAGACGUAUACGUACCUAUAUGACCAGAUGCAUAUUUAAAGAAUAAGGAGCUAUUUAUCAGCAUGAUAUUUCCAUUCCUCUUAUCGGGUGUUUUCAUUUUGAAAUCUCAUUAUUUAUUGUGGCAGGUUUUUUUCAGGGAACCAGACUGCAAGAAUAUCUUUUUGCUUGCUUGCCCCGCCCCCCGCCCCCACCUUCCGCCCAGCCUCCGUUCUCCAUCGGAGCCCUUCCUCCCCUUCACAGUUCCCGGAGAUGUUGCUGCCGAGCGUCCCGAGAAGGUCGGGGACAGAGACCUGAGGCCGGAGCAGUUAGAAUGGGAACAUUUGCACUUUGAGAGUCCUGCCUAUGGAGGGGGUAAAAAACACCUUUCAAUGGAAUUUUUUAUUUAAAAGGAAAAUACCAAAGUAUUGAUGAGAAUGAUCCCCUCCAGUGGGUGGAAAGGGGAGUUUUGCUUUCAGUUUCAUUUGAUUUAAACUCCAAGUCCUGGAUUCUGGCUGGUGGGCUUUCUUUGUCCGCACCCCAACUUCAACAGCAAUGAAGCGCCACCCCCUGCCAUGCUGCCUUGGGAGAACCCAGAACUCCUGGAGCAAACCCAGGAGAGCCAGGGCCAGAGGUGGGGGGCAGGGAGAGCAGCAAGAAUCAGGCAGAAAGUGGCAGAGGAAAGGUACAUGACCACAACUAAGAGGUUGUGCUGAGGUGUGGUAGGGUGACUGGGGUAAGUGCUCAGUCACCGCCCACCGAAGCACUGUUCCUACCGGAUCUUCUCGUUCAAGGACAACGAUGACUGCAAAGGCGUGGAUUGUGCAUCUGCAGCCACCUACAGUGACAUGGGGGAAGCAGGUGCAGGAGCAAAGCCCCUGUGAGCAAGGGCACCUGGUCGCUGGCGCGCCGAUCACCCCCGGGGCUCUGUUUCACGCGCGGGGAAGGCUGAGGAGGUCAGCUUCACCGUGCGGCUGAGCACCCGGUCUGCAGGUGGGAGAGCUGGGCCUGGGCUCCCCAGACGGUUCCCUCGGGAGCCUCUCCUUCCAGUGUGGGCACGCCUCGUGCCAAGCCUCAGUUUCCCCUGAACGCACACAGAAAAAGCAGAGAUCCCUUUACCUUUCGAUUUCACGCGUCUCACGGUCCGCAGACAGGCAGUUCAGGUACGUGUGCCUGUCACUUGGGCCUGGGGCUGAGCCGCUGAGGGCCAUCCUCGAGCUGAGGGAUGCGGGAAGGAAUGGGAGCGACAGGUGUGGAUGGGCGGCACCGGCUCGCGUCAUGUGCCCCGUCCUACACCCACUGUCACGGGACCGUCUCGCCUCCACCUGCAUCUGUGAACACCCAGGUUGACAUCCAAAACACGCUCAGUUCCCGUGGUUAGCAGGAACGCCGCGUCACCCCUGAGCGGGAGUAGUCAAGUCUCGGGCCAAGGAAUUUCAGUUAGAAGAGAAAAUCCCACUUAAAAUGCCAGCUACAGAUAACUCAAAGCCAUCCCUUUAUUCCAAAGGGCACAUUGAGAAUGUUACCCAUUUGUAAAUUGUUCCCUACCGUCCUUGUUUAAGCAAGAACAAAAAGGGCAACUCAAUUUGUUGAGGGUCUGUGUGUUCUUAAACUAGAAAUAAAAUUGGAACCAUUUCAAUCAAAGAAGACCAGCUACAAUGCGCUGCUCACGGACUUCUCUCAUUCUCAGCUGCAGACACAUGGGUAGGACUAACGGUCAGUAUAGAUUUCCAACACCUCACUGCUGCUGUACAAAGUUGCCUGUUGUACGUGUCGACUGUUUAGUCCCUAGGUCGCCUUUCCUCCAGGCGCGGGGCUCUGCUUUCUGUACAGUGUUCAGGCCGAGGGACGUGUGUCAUCGGGAAGCCCCUGUCUAUAAAGCGUAUUAUACGGAAUGGCUUGGCCAACUGUGUUCAGUUAUUAAAUAUGUUUUACACUUUUAUCUGCCUGUUAUAAAGAUGAACAAAACUUAUCUUAAUGAGGAAGACCAGAUGCAUAAUAAUUUAAAGUCUGUAGUCAAAUUUCCUAAUUUAAAGAAUAGUCCAAAACUUCUGUGUAUUAAAAACCAAAUGAAAGGCUCCUACAGUCCCA